AUGUCUUCUCUCCUCUCAGAGUGUUUGUAUGAGAUCAGUCAACAGGCUGCACCUCCCUGUAAGGAUUACCACCAACUCACAGUCACCCAGACACAGGUGGUUUUCAAGGUGUGGAGAGUGUCCUGUCCUCUACGACACGAGAAACCACAACCUGCAGAAAACAAGAAAUCACACACAGACUUCCUACAGGAUAGCCACGCACAAGGUCACAUAGGGCGAGUGUUUGGUCCACACAUUCUGGACUAUGUGGUGAACCUGUGCUGGCAUCGCUAUGACUACCUGGUCCGGCUCCCUGAUUGGCUGCUCCUGAACAUCCUGUCCUUCCUGGAGUGGGCGGAUAUUAAGAAUAUCUCCCAGACCUGCAAGAGGCUCCAACAGCUAUGCUGCAGUGAGGGGUUUUGGGCGCAGGGGACAGCUGGGGCCAGGUACGGGCAGAGUGAGGUCACGAUGGAGGGUGUGAGCCCUACUCUACAGCGCCGUCUGGUGGUGUUUCACAGAAGACAGGUGCUCUCCCGUCUGGCCCAGCAGCAGCAGCACAGCAAGAGGAAGAACAGUGUCUGGCACCUGUGA